AUGAUUGUCAGAACAGCUGCUGCGAAAGCAAUCCUUGCCUUAAUGGAGGAAUCGAGAGGAACGUGUCGUGAGUCUUGUAACGUCAUCGGCAGACGUUUCACGUGUAAAUGUGGUCCUCACUCUUAUGGGAAACUCUGUGAAGGUAGUUAUAAUACAUUUUAUUUGUUUUGCCUUAAAUUGACCACCAAUAUACUACAGGGAGUAUAAGCUUUGCUACAACGAUUUCUGGGGUUGUUUGGGUGGACAAGCGUUACUGAGUUUUGAUUGCUGGAUGGUAUCCAAAGGCAACCACUCACCAAUCAUGGCAUAAUAGACCUUUGUCACGCGGCGGCCAUUUUGUCCCAAGAGAUUAAAAAAGCUUUGUAUUUGCGCGGCAAGCCUCGUUCUCACUGCAAAGCUAGCCGUGCAAAUACAAAGCUUUUUUAAUCUCUUGGGACAAAAUGGCCGCUGCUUGACAAAGGUCUAUUGUCUAGCCAAACAAUCCCAAAAACUUUGUGCCAUUAGCUUGCACCCAUUCUCCUAGUGUACAAAAUGUAUUGUAAGGGAAUGUCAAUUUCAAAAACCAAAACGACGACGACGACGGCGACGGAGAGGAACGGAGAAUAGAGCUCAAGAGAAGGGGUUGGUUGAUGUUCUUCACACUUUACACUUUACACCUUUAAACGAUUUAUCGGGUUUACCUCAGUGUUAGUACCUGAAUGUGAACUAAUUCUUUGUUUUGCAUCUUUUGUUUUCCUAGGUUCUAAUUUGUUGACUUCUUUGUUUUCUUUGUUUUACGGCACCCGUGAGUUUAACAGGUUCUUACACAGAGGAUGAGCCGAUUUAUCUCUCUUGUGUAACUGAAUGGUUAUGGUACUUAACUGAAGUGGCCCAAAACCUUCUCUCUCUAUGCCUCCAAAACAUGUAUACAUGUUCUAAUCUUUUAUCUUUUAUUAUUAUUUUUAAAGAAACAUGCACCCCACCUGACUGGGUUUAUUUCAAUAACUCUUGCUUUAAAGUGUUCAAGGAAAAACUAAACUGGUUUGACGCACAUUGGUCUUGUACCAGCAACAAAAGUACCCUUACCUCAAUUCACAGUGCAGAGGAGAAUAAUUUUUUGCGCAAAACGGGCCAAGCUUCAACGCCUUCUUCGAUUUCGUCUGCCUGGAUCGGACUGUUCAACCUAAACAGUACAGAACGUAGCUAUCAGUGGGUAGAUGGCUCCAUGGUGGACUUCAGAAACUGGAAUGUUAAAGAGCCAAAUAAUGCUCACAGUGGUGAAAACUGCACGGAACAUUAUGUGACGAGGAACCUUGGAAAAUGGAACGAUGAAUCGUGCUAUUCUAAGAGAGCAUACGUUUGUGGCAAGAAAUUGAGUCCUUAA